AUGGUGAACCGCGGGCGGGAGCGGGACCGAGGACACCGGCGGGAGCUGGGGGUCUGGCGGGGCCCGGGGCUGGAAGAUGGUGAGGCGGGAGGGCGGCAGGGCUACAGUCUUCAUUUCUCCCGCGUCCUCAUUCAUCGGAAUUUCCACGCAGGAUGCAUAGCCACAUCCACGGCGUCCCAGCUGUCGCCGGCCGCGCUGAUAGAGAUGCAGAACGACGUCUUCAACAGGGAGAAAGGCCGGCAGUCAUCGCUGACGCCCCGGGUCGAGAAGAUCGAGGUUAAACUCGUGGGGAGAACGGACCCUGGCACCACGUUCGUGAUGAAUAAAAACGUGUCCACGCCCUACAGUUGCGCGAUGCAUUUAAGUGAGUGGUACUGCAAGAAGUCCAUUCUGGCUCUUGUGGAUGGACAGCCGUGGGACAUGUAUAAGCCUUUGACCAAGUCCUGUGAAAUUCAGUUUCUUACUUUCAAAGAUCGUGAUCCAGGAGAAGUUAAUAAGGCUUAUUGGCGGUCUUGUGCCAUGAUGAUGGGCUGUGUGAUAGAGAGGGCAUUCAAAGACGAAUACUUGGUCAGUUUGGUCAGAGCUCCAGAAGUGCCUGUGAUUGCUGGAGCCUUCUGCUAUGAUGUAGUUUUGGAUAAGAGGCUUGAUGAGUGGAUGCCAACAAAAGAGAACCUACGUUCUUUCACAAAAGAUGCUAAUACUUUAAUUUAUAAAGACCUCCCAUUUGAAACUCUGGAAGUUGAUGCAAAAGUGGCAUUAGAAAUAUUUCAAUACAACAGGUAUAAAGUAGAUCUCAUAGAAGAGAAAGCAUCUCAGAAUCCUGAGAGAAUAGUUAAGCUGCACAGAUUUGGUGACUUCAUUGAUGUGACUGAAGGCCCUCUUAUUCCAAGAACAAGUAUUUGUUCCCAGUUUGAAGUGUCAGCGGUUCACAAUCUGCAGGCCACUGGGUCAAGUCUUGUACGAAGAUUCCAGGGUCUCUCUUUACCUGUUCACUUAAGAGUAACUGAAGAUCAAACUAAACCUGCAGAUGAAAGUGCAUCUACCUAGUAGCUUCCUAAAAUUUAAACAUGUAUAGUAAAUUAAAAUAAAAGUUUUUUUAUGUAA